AAGCGAGCGCGCCGCCUCCACAGGCCGUACGUGAGAGAGAGUCAGCUCGAGACAAAACAACAGCGCUUACGAGAGAACAGAGACGUUGCUAUGGCGAAAGGGGGAAAAGGAGGGAAAGGACCAAAACCUGCCUUCACCAGGGUGAUCCCGAAAUUCCUUCAGCAGUAUGAGACUAUGCUGACGGGACCCAAGCCACAACAAGGCCCUGACAACGAAGAAACGUUCAGCGGAGGCGGAGAUUUCACGGAUGGAGGGGGCGGCAGUUCAAGCGGGAAAAGUGGCAUGCCCGGGCGAGGUCGUGGCCGAGAUAGAGAUUCCAAGCAAGGCGCAGCGGAGGGCAGGGGUGGGAGCGGGGGGGGAGGGGCGGCAGGCGGCGGGGGCGGGAGCGGUGGUGCUUUUGAAGACUACGACGAAGAAGAGGUGGCAGCUUUGGAGGCGUACAUGAAGACGCACCCCAGCAAGGAAGAAGACAAAGAGGCCUUGCGAAAACGUGCAAGAGAACUCUCUGUUAGCAUAGGCUCUGGCCAGGUGAUGAAGUGCCCCGGGUGUAUCUGA